AAUGGGUGUGGUCAUCAUUAUCUUACUAAUUCUAAUUUCAGGAACAAGGCUAGAAGCUCAGACAUGCAAAGUGAUUGGAAAGACAGAAUUGAUGGAAUUUUCCAAAGACGGCGAUCUAAAUAUAGCAGGAGUUUUCUCUAUAACAAGCACAAGCAAACUGGUAGACAACAACUACCAGGCAGUUCCAUAUUCUUACUGUAAAAGAUAUAAUCACAGAGAACUGAAGUUUGCCAGAACAAUGAUUUUUACCGUGGAGGAGAUCAACAGGGAUCCUUCUCUCCUUCCUGGAUUACGCUUGGGUUACAAGGUAUACAAUGGGUGUGGGACUCAAAACCUGAUUCGAGCAGCUAUCGAAGCUAUAAAUGGAAAUGAUCCACUGGACUGUAGUGGUCAGACUCUGGCUGUCUUAGGCCAUUCAUCCUCUGGUGUGAGUGAUGACAUAAACACCAUAAUCAGUGCAGUAUCUGUGCCACAGAUCAGUCACUUGUCUACAUGUGCUUGCUUAAGUGACAAAAUUCGAUAUCCAACAUUCUUCAGAACUGUACCAAGUGACCGCUUCCAAAUCACAGCUCUGGUACAACUCAUGAAGUACUUUGACUGGCGCUGGGUAGGAAUUAUUUAUUCUGUAGGUACGUAUGCGGAAGCAGGUACAUCUGAGUUCAUCAAAGAAGCACAAAGGGAAGGUAUAUGUGUGGAAUACUGGAUACGUUACCGAAAAACAUCCAUGUCAAAAUUUAGAACUACAGUCAAAACACUGCAGAAGUCUUCAUCCAAGGUGGUGUUGAUGUUUAUGUCCUUGUCUUACGCCAAGUCAUUUCUUUCAAAAAUGGAGGUGUUUAACAUAACUGGAAAGCAGUGGGUUGGCAGUGAAUCUUGGAUCACACAAACAUCGCUUUAUUCUGCUGAUAGAAAGCACAUCUUACACGGAGCAGUAGGCUAUGCCCUUCCACAGGUAUCCAUACCAGGUCUUGGAAAUUUCCUGCUCAGCUUGAAACCUGAUGAAUCACAAAGUACUUUAAUUAAAGCUAUCUGGGAGGAUUUCUUUGACUGCAGCUUCACCCCAGCAAAUACCUCCACUUUGUGUACUGGUGCAGAGGAUCUACAGACCAUCUCCAGUGACUACACAGAUGUCAAAAUUUUCAGAGAAGAAAAUAGUGUUUACACUGCUGUGUAUUCUGUAGCAUUUGCUCUGCAUAUGCUUUUGCAGUGUGAAAGAGGCUUAAAUCCUACCACGGGAAAGCCCUGUUUGAUCAAGGAUAACGUCCAACCUAAGUUGGUGUUUGAUGCCAUGAAGCAUGUAAACUUUUCAACUAAGAAUGGGGCCAAGGUUUUCUUUGAUAAAAAUGGUGACUCUAUUGCCAAGUAUGACCUUGUAAAUUGGCAGAUGAAAGAGGAUGGAUCAGUAGAAAUAGUCAAAAUUGGUCAGUUUGAUAAUUCUUUACCAGAGGGACAGAAACUGAAACUGAAAGACAAUACAAAAAUAGAUUGGGGAGGCUAUAAUGAUGCGGUGGUAAGGUCUGUCUGCAGAGAACCAUGUCCACCAGGGACUCGAAAGGCAACAGACAAGAAUAAGCCUGUGUGCUGCUUUGAUUGCUUUCAAUGUCCUGAAGGAACAAUUAGUAAUAAGACAAAUUCUCUUGACUGUUUCACCUGUCCACCUGAAUUUUGGCCAAAUGAAGUGAAAGACCAGUGUGUUCCAAAACCCACUGAAUACCUCUCUUACGCUGAGACAAUGGGGACACUUCUUACUGCUUUUGGGACCUUUGGUGUAUUUUUAUCCGUUCUCAUAACAACAAUAUUUUUCACUCAUAAAGAGACUCCUAUUGUAAGAGCAAAUAACUCUGAGCUGAGCUUUCUGCUUCUGUUUUCACUGAAACUAUGUUUCCUCUGCUCAUUGACCUUCAUUGGUCAGCCCACUCAUUGGUCUUGUGUGCUUCGACACACUGUGUUCAGCAUCACUUUUGUCCUCUGCAUAUCAUGCGUUCUGGGGAAAACCAUAGUUGUUCUGAUGGCCUUCCGAGCAAGACUUCCAGGCAGUAAUGUCAUGAAGUGGUUUGGAGCUGCACAGCAAAGAGUCAGUGUUCUCAUUUUUACUCUUGUUCAGGUUGUCAUUUGUAUAAUUUGGCUAACAACAAACCCCCCUUUCCCAAAUAUGAAUAUGCAGUACUAUAAAGACAGAAUCAUUUUAGAGUGUGCUCUGGGUUCAUCAAUUGGAUUCUGGGCAGUCCUGGGCUAUAUUGGAAUUCUUGCUGCCUUAUGCUUUAUUCUUGCUUUUCUUGCCAGAAAACUACCAGAUAGCUUUAAUGAAGCAAAAAUAAUCACAUUUAGCAUGCUGAUAUUCUGUGCAGUCUGGAUCACAUUUAUUCCAGCGUAUGUUAGCUCCCCAGGAAAAUUUACCGUAGCCGUUGAGAUAUUUGCUAUUCUGUCCUCCAGUUUUGGUUUGUUGCUUUGCAUUUUUGCUCCAAAAUGCUAUAUUAUUUUGCUGAGACCAGAACUAAACUCAAAAAAGCAUUUAAUGGGUAAGAUGUCAACAUAACUCUAAAUGGUAAUGUCAGAGUUCUUCUAAAGCAAAAUGUCCAAAGAUAUAAUAUUAUUCACAAAUACUACCUGUACAUAGUUAACACAAAUUACAGCUGCCCAGAGAUGACUGUUUUUGACUGUUUGUUUUUGCUCAAAUAGCAAGCAAUGUCUUGUCCUUCAUACCCUGGGUCUUUCUGCCUAUUCUCCUUGUUCAUGUGUUGGUUCUCUCUGGGUACUCCAGCUUUCUCCCACAGUCCAUAAACAUGACUGUGAGGUAAAUUGGUCUCUCUAAAUUGUCCGUAGGUGUGAAAAAAUGUGUGCAUGGUUAUCUAUUGUGUGUGUCUCAAUGUCACCCUGUGACCCAGCUUCUUGCCCAAUGACUGCUGAAGUUAAGCACAAGCACAUAUUUGACAGUAGUUGUUUUUAUAUAUUUUCUGUGAAAUUCAAGUGAACAAUUUCAACUUGAUCCCAUAAAAAAAUAAAGAUACAUGUACAGAAUAAUUAAAAUAAAUGUUAUUUUUUUCAUUUUUUUCUUUCUUCAAAUUCUGAAGUUUGCAUACAGUAUGAUUUCUUUUCUGAGAAACUCAGGAAAACCCAGAUGAUGUCAUGGCUUAGUAAGCCUCUGAUAAGCCAGUUCUCAACAAUGGACAAAAAUAGAGAAACAUUUGUGAAUGAGUAUGGUGGACAUUCAGCAUUCUCUUUGGUCCAUUAGGUACAAAUCUGCAGAGGCCCAAAAGUACCACAUUAAUCUCAAGCAAUACAAUCAAUUUCUAAAGUAAAGAGGUGGGUUCUGUGUCCCAGAGAUGAACAUGUUGUGAUGUGACAUGUGAAUCAACCCCAGAACUAAACCAAAAUACCUUGGGAAGACACUGGCUGAAGCUGCCAAUUAAGUUUUAUUAUCCACUGAUAUUGGCCGAAAGGCCAGUCAGAGAGAAAUAUGCUAUUGCUCCAGAAGAAACAUAAAAAGCCACUUGUCCAGUGGUCUAAUGAUAUGGAAAAUUUCGUGCUUGGACAUAAUUUUGACUGUUACAAUUAAAGGAGCCCCAUUCCAGCUGUGAAGUAUGAAAGUGGCAGCAUCAUGUUUUCUCAGUGUUUACUUGGGUGAGGGGAAAGUACGCUUCAACACAUAAAUGGCCUCACAUUGAAAAGAUCUGAAGACAUCAGCCAGGAAAUAAAAGCUUGGAGAAAAAAUGUCUUCCAAUGACACAAUGUCCACAAUGACACUAAGCAACAUUCCUUACAAAUUAGUUAAAGGACAGUAAAGUCAUCACAAACCUCUGAUCUAAGUCCUAUGGAAAUUGUUAAUGUGUAAAUGUAAUUGUUACAAAUCACAAACUGUAUUUUAGAGAAUGUAUGCUGGGUAGAAUAAUUUAUAAUUUUAGGCCAGGUUUGACUAGUAUACAUAUUGUA